AUGGCUGUGGUGUUUCAUUCUAAUGGUCCUCAAGUCAGCAUUGAAGUUGGUGAAUAUGAGCAAUUUCCAAAAAAUGGACAAGCGGACACAACAGAAAAGACUCUGCCAAAAUCAAGACCUAUCUAUGUGGUUCUGGUGGGCUUUGGGCUGCUGUGUGUUCUUCAAGCAGUUCUCAACAUCACACUGAGACUGAGUCACAGUACAACGGAAGAGAGCUGUCCGCAGGGCUGGCUACAGUUUAGCGGCAGUUGUUACUAUAUUUCCUCGCAGAGGAGGUCUUGGGACAACAGCCGUCGGGACUGUCUGCAAAGAGAUGCUGACCUGGUUAUCAUUGACAGCAGACAGGAACAGGCUUUCCUCACUGGGUUCACCAAGGCAACAUGGAUUGGAAUGUCUGACAGAGACCACGAGGGAAUUUGGAUCUGGGUGAAUGGAACACCGGUUAAGAAAAACAGACUACGAUGGGCCCCUGGACAGCCUGAUGGGGCAUUUGGAGGAGAAUACUGUGGUGAUCUACGUACAAUGAUGAAUUUCAUUGGUUUGAAUGACUCUAACUGUAGUGUCAGAUCCCAAUGGAUCUGUGAAAAAAUACUGUGAUGGAGAUACUUUCCUCAGUUAAUUUUAUCCAUUAGCUUUGCUCUCAUUCCGAGAUCCUAAUGUAAGGUAAUAAAUACAACUUCAGACCUGCUGUUACACACUUCUGGGUAAUUACGCAACAAUGUCCAUAUAGAUAUGCGUGCUGUGAUGAAACUACGAACGU